AUGGUACCUAUAAAUACCGAUCGAUUGAAAGCAUUUUUCCUACCACAUGGUCUUAUAUAUACUUUUUUGAGUUUAAUAAUUCUAUGUCUUCUAAUCUUAACCAUAGUCUAUGCUGGUUUAUGGCGUAAUGCUAACACUUCUUCAAACACUUAUGCAGUUGCAAAUGGGAUUAUUGGUUAUCCUAUUCGUUUACCAAAUGAUGGCCGAUAUAUUCAAUGGAUCUUCUUACAAAUGAAUGAUGUUUAUGAAUUAUUACCACUUGAUAAAGGACGAAGAGGUGGUUUAGCUCGUGUUGCUUAUAUACGACAAUUAUUAAAAGAAGAAAAUUCAAAUACUUAUACAAUCCUUGCUGGUGAUUUUCUUUCUCCAUCAGCAUUAAGUAUAGCAACAAUUAAUGGAACAACUUUGAAUGGAAAACAAAUGAUUGCAACAAUGAAUACUCUUGGUGUUGAUUUUGUAACAUUUGGAAAUCAUGAAUUUGAUUUAUCAGAAAAAGAUUUACUUAGUCGAAUGAAUGAAUCAACAUUUACUUGGAUUAGUACAAAUGUAUUUAGUCGAGAUAAUAAUCAAUCAUUUGGUUCAAGUAUAUCUCAUAAAAUACUUACAAUUGAUACUGUAAAAAUUCUUCUUAUUGGUUUAACUAUUGAUGGAAGUUGUAAUUAUGUUCGAAUAAUUAAUCAAUCAUCAUUAGUUAAUUAUGUUCAAGAAUUUUUAAGAUUAUUUCCAAAUGGAACAUAUGAUGUACUUGUUGCUAUAACUCAUUUAGAUAUAGCAACUGAUAUUGAACUUGCUUCAAAAAUUCCACAAAUAAAUCUUAUUAUUGGAGGACAUGAACAUGAUAAUUAUUAUUAUUUAAGAGGAACAAAAUAUAUACCAAUUUAUAAAGCAGAUGCUAAUGCUUUUACUGUUUUUAUACAUCGUUGUGCAUAUAAUUUAGAUACGAAACGUUUUCGUAUAUAUAGUACUUUAGCACAAGUAACAUCUGAAGUACCAGAAGAAGAAAAUACAGCAAGAAUAGCAAAUUAUUGGUUUAAUUUAGGUAUUCAAGGAUUUAAAGAAUUAGGUUAUGAACCAAAUGCAAUUGUAUCAUGUCUACCAAUUGGUAUUGAAUUAGAUGGUCGAUCUUCAUCUGUUAGAAGUUAUACAACACAUUUAACUGCUGCUAUAUGUGACAGUAUGUUACAAUUAACAGUAACAAAUAAAACGACUAUUGGAAUAAUUAAUGGUGGAACAGUACGUAUUGAUGAUAUUCUUCGUGAAACAAUUACACAAUAUGAUAUUUUACGUACAUUACCUUUUGGAAAUCGAAUUGUUGUUCUUUCUGUUCCUGGACAUGUACUUGCACAAGUUCUUACUAUUGGUACAUUGUUAAAAGGAAGUGGAAUGUUUAUUGCUUAUACUAGAGUAGAAACAUUAGAUGAUGGUGAAACAUGGUUAUUCAAUGGUACAGAUAUAUCAAAAAGUGGUCUUUAUUAUAAUGUAGCAACAACAGCAUAUAUGCGAGAUCAUACACAAUUAAAUAAUAUAGAUGUUACUACUUUAUAUGAUACUAAUGUAACACAGACAAGAAGUUUAAUGAAUUAUUUAACAAUGAAAUAUCCUCCUUGUUAG